AAAAAUAUAAUUUCAGGUACAAGAGCGGGGAGCGCUCAGUGAGGAGCGGGGGCGGCGGCGGCGCGGAGGAGGCGCGGCGCGGCGGCCUCAAGGCGCUGCCGAAGCGCGCCCGCACUCGCUGCAGGGGCAUGAACAUGGGGCAAAAGCUCUCCGGCAGUGUCAAGUCGGUGUCGCGCGAGUGCCCGGCUCCGUUCAAAGCGGUGGUAGCUCGCGAACUCGCCCCAGAGCCGCCGAGGCCAGCGCGGCUCGACGCCUUGUUGGAUGCGCCGCCCGCGCAUCCCGACACGCAAGUCAAACAUGCGUGGAAUCCAGAUGACAGAUCAUUAAACAUAUUCGUGAAAGAAGAGGAUGCGUUAACGUUCCACCGGCACCCGGUCGCGCAGAGUACGGACUGUAUCCGCGGGCGGGUGGGGUACUCCCGCGGGCUGCACUGCUGGGAGGUCGUGUGGCCGGCGCGGCAGCGCGGCACGCACGCGGUGGUGGGCGUGGCCACGUCGCACGCGCCGCUGCAUUCAGUUGGCUACCAGAGCCUGGUCGGCGCGACAGACCAGAGCUGGGGAUGGGAUCUCGGAAGAAAUAAGGUGUACCACAACGCGAAGGGUACGGGCGGCGGGGGCAGCACGUACCCGGCGCUGCUGCGGCCGGACGAGCAGUUCCUGGUGCCGGACCGGCUGCUCGUUGUGCUCGACAUGGACGAGGGCACGCUGGCCUUCUGCGCCGACGGCCGCUACCUCGGCGUGGCGGCGCGCGGCCUGCGCGGCAAGACGCUCUACCCCAUCGUGUCCGCCGUCUGGGGGCACGCCGAGAUCACCAUGAAGUACAUCGGCGGCCUCGACCCCGAGCCACUGCCGCUGAUGGAGCUGUGCCGGCGCGUGAUCCGGCAGCGCGUGGGGCGCGCGCGGCUCCGCGCGGCGGCGUCGCGGCUGGCGCUGCCGCCCGCGCUCUCCGCCUACCUGCUGUACCGGGCGCCCUAGCCGCGCCCGCGCCGCCCGCACCGCCGCUCCGCCGCCUGCUGAGGUAAACCCGCGCCCCCGCGCCUCGCGCCCCGCGCCCCCGCGCCCCCGCGACCUCCAACCGGAUCCGUGACGCGCACACGCAAACGUUAUAUGUAAACUCGUACUUGCGUGCAUGUGAUUUGUGACGCACUAGCAAGCGUGACGCGUGACACUCGCAAACGUGGUACGUGGGACACAUUCGCAAAC